AUGGAAAAGAUGAGCCACUGAACAGUUGACCAUUGUCCAAAUGAUUUAUGACCUGGUCCUGCCUUUUAGGUUCAAGCAGAGUUCACAAGGAGUAGGGAUUUCUGGAAAGAAAUAAACUGUUUUUUUUUUUUUCCUUCAGUUUUGUAACAAUAUUCUCAGGUCAUCAUGCUUUGGACGAGGGGCUUCUUAAGGCUUCUAUCUGGUGGUGCUGUGAAGGCUUUUUCUUUCUUUCUUUCUUUCUUCCCCCAAAAAGAACAACACAGUUGCUACCCAUGCUUGUAGAGAAAUGGACAUUAGGCCAUGAAGCAGGUCUGGAAAUUCCUUAUGACAGUGUUAACAGGCAGGGGAUGACUGGUUCCAUGCUCUAGCUGCACUUCUGAGUCUUUUUAUAGAGAGAGUUUUCUAGGGACAUGCCACAGAGCAAAAAUAAUAUGCAAAGUCAUCUGUCCCACAGGCUUGCUUAGUUCCUCAAGAAUCUAUUUUAACUGGUCCACCAUUCAGGACAAACUUGGUCAGCAAGGAGGCAGGAGGGGGAUGUUUUGCUUCCACAGUUGUCAAGGAAUGACAAAGCAGCAGCAAAUUCUGGUGGUCUCAGAAGCUUGAUGUGACCAUUUAGACAUUCAGAAGUAAGAAGGAUUCCUGAAAAGCCCUAGAAUUUAGCAAGCCAGCAUGCCAGGUUCUUUGGCCUGGGGCAAACAUAUAAAUAUUAGUCACAGACUGAGGACUUAACUGUCUAUUUACUAUUUGGUAACUCUAGCAGUCUGAGAUUGGUAUUGAAAACUAAUCAAAUGAAUUAGUCUAGCUUUGUUAGGUAGAUAUCUUAACUGCACACAUUUAUAUAUUACUGCAACCCAUUGAGAAGGGCCCUGUCUCUCAUCAAGAUAAAUGACAUAUUUACUUAUAUUCUAAAACAAAAUGGGGAACAAUACUACCAAACAAAGGCUAAUUUGGAGAGUUUUUUAUACUUGGUUGGUCUUUCUGGUGAAAAUACAGAACUAUUCUGGUUCUUGUGUUUAAAUCCGACUUGCUAGAAGUUGCAUGCUAAGUUCUCCCAUGGUGAUGGGACCAGGGAGAGUUUUUGGAAAGAAAUGUUGCCUGAAAGAUGAGAUCAAGAAUUAGAACCAGAGAGCUGACCAGUGAGUUUUCUUUAUCAGACAGACAAAAGUGAUUGAAUGAUAUUAGUUAUACAUUAACUCCUCAGGAACCUUUCAGAAGGGUGGGAAAAGCAUCCCCCAUGAAGAGUCAGGGCAUACAAAAGGGGGAGAAUUUUUCUUACUCCCCCCCAUCCUUCUUAUUCUGGGUCCAUUCAUCAUGUCAGGAGAACUUCUAUCAUUGGUUAUAGGUUGGAUGGGAGGUAGGGCAGUAUGGAAGGUCCAGAGCAGAGGUCAAUAAUAAUAUCUGUUUAUGUAAAGAUCCACAGGGAAAUGAUAAAGUUAUGACAGCAUUCACCAUUCAGUCACGCAACAAACACUUCAAAGUCUAGAUCACCCAUUUUCAGGGACACUCUUUUAAAAGUAGGAAGAGGACAAAGUAAAGGGUAUAGAAAAAUGUGAAGAAAAAGAACUUUUUUUUUCUUCAAAGUAAGUCUGGGAGUCUUUAAGUCUUUCUUGAUUUUUUUACUACCUAGUUUUUUACACGGUAGAUUUCAUAGUGCUGACCCACAAAACUAGCUGUGUAGAUUCUCACUCUGCCAUCCAAAUGGACUGUCUGGGUCUUCAAAAAAGAUGGUGUGAUUUUGAAACCAAGUGGAAAGUAUACUUUUGGAAGGAAGCUCUAGAAACUCUGGGUGUGCAAUGUUUUUUUUUUCUUUUAUCUAUCAAAGCAUGGAAAUUAAGGUUUUGGGGGUAUGAGACCCCACAUAGCACACACUAAGUCCUGGGAUUGAUUUCCAGCACCAAACAAAACCAAACCCCAGGAUUAUCCAAAGACUGACUGACUGUGACCCAUUCAUCCAGCUAUUCAAUAACCAUUUAUUGUACUUACUACACGCAGGGCACUGUGUUUAAUGCUAGUAAUAUGUAGAUGAAUAAAACACAAUCCCUCUCUUUUAGGAGUUCAUAGUUUAGGGGAAGAGUCGGCCAGUCAUAAGUGGUUUCCUGAGCAGCCUCAAAAACUAUGCUGACAAUCUUGGAGAAAGACAAUUGUUCAAGAGAAUCUUGGGUUGGAAGGAACUCCUUCCCUAGGCUAAAGGUCACCUAGAGUCUGGUAGCUGGCCCAGCUCUCUCAAGAUUCAGCAGACACUGGCCUUGGAGGAGAAGGAGACAGUGGUAGUCAAUGUUAUUUGACCAGGGUCAGCAGGCCCUGGAGCUUCCUGAGUGCACCAUGCAGAAGGCUGCCUACUAUGAGAACCCAGGACUCUUUGGUGGCUAUGGAUACAGCAAAGCCACUGACACAUAUGGCUACAGCACUCCUCAUCAGCCCUACCCACCCCCUGCUGCUGCCAACUCCCUGGACAGUGAUUACCCAAGUUCUGCCUGCUCCAUCCAGAGCUCUGCACCUCUCCGAGCCCCAGCCCACAAAGGAGCUGAACUCAAUGGUAGUAGCUGCAUGCGGCCUGGCACUGGGAACAGCCAGGGUGGGGGUGGUGGCAACCAACCUCCUGGUCUGAACUCAGAGCAGCAGCCACCACAACCUCCUCCUCCACCACCCACCUUGCCCCCAUCCUCACCCUCCAAUCCUGGAAGUGGAGUGCCUGCCAAGAAGACCAAGGCGGGGCCCAAUGCUUCCAGCUCUUCAUCCACCAUCAGCAAGCAGAUCUUCCCCUGGAUGAAAGAAUCCCGACAGAACUCGAAGCAGAAGAACAGCUGUGCUACUUCAGGAGAGAACUGCGAGGACAAGAGCCCACCCGGCCCGGCAUCCAAGAGGGUGCGCACGGCGUACACGAGUGCUCAGCUGGUGGAGCUGGAGAAAGAGUUCCACUUCAACCGCUACCUGUGCCGGCCGCGCCGCGUGGAGAUGGCCAACCUGCUGAACCUCACCGAACGCCAGAUCAAGAUCUGGUUCCAGAACCGUCGCAUGAAGUACAAGAAGGACCAGAAGGCCAAGGGCAUCCUGCAUUCUCCGGCCGGCCAGUCCCCGGAGCGCAGUCCACCUCUUGGAGGAGCGGCGGGCCACGUGGCUUACUCCGGCCAGCUGCCGCCGGUUCCCGGCCUGGCCUACGACGCACCCUCGCCGCCCGCUUUCGCCAAAUCGCAGCCCAAUAUGUACGGCUUGGCAGCCUACACGGCUCCGCUCAGCAGCUGCCUGCCGCAGCAGAAGCGGUACCCGGCGCCCGAAUUCGAGCCCCACCCCAUGGCGAGCAACGGCGGCGGCUUCGCCAGCGCCAACCUGCAGGGCAGCCCGGUGUACGUGGGCGGCAACUUCGUCGACUCCAUGGCGCCCGCGUCCGGGCCGGUCUUCAAUCUGGGCCACCUCUCGCACCCGUCUUCGGCCAGCGUGGACUACAGCUGCGCCGCGCAAAUCCCUGGCAACCAUCACCACGGACCGUGCGACCCUCAUCCCACCUACACAGAUCUCUCGGCUCACCACUCGUCUCAGGGACGCCUGCCCGAGGCCCCCAAACUGACACAUCUGUAGCGGUUGCCGCCGGCCAGGCGCAAUUACCUCUCUGGUUUUGGUGGCAGGGGUGGUGGCGGGGCGGGGCGGGGCCCGAGGGGGCAGUUUAGGGGAACCCCCCUCCCUGAUCUGGCCUGGCGGAUGCCUCACAAGUUUCGGGGCUUCCAGCGGCCGAGGCUGAUGCGACUGGGCCUCCCCUCAGGGCGCGUCCUCCUUUGGGUGACUCGCCAUAAAUCAGCCGCAAGGAUCCUCCCCUGUAAACCUGACAGUGCCAUAAACUGCGGACCGAGGGACUCUAAUCUGGUAAUAGUGUCCCUAAGGUAAGUCCUAGACCCAUUCGUGGCGUGUCCUGAAGAGGGACUAGAGCCUAGAGAACCCCGGGCCUGGCCCUUCUGUCAAGCUUAGUUUCAGAGACCUUAAUUUAUAACGCUCCUUCCCCUCCUGCAAAGACUGCAUCGGACUAAACAAUCUAUAUUUAUUAUUUGAAGCGAGUAAUUUCGUUUCCCUGAUUAUUUAUCCUCGUCUUAAUGUAUUUAUGUGUAUAUUUGUAGAAUUCUGCAGCCGGGCCUAGGUACGCGCUCCCAGGCCUUGGGGGGGAGGGCACAUUUCACCUCUUUAGUCCCCUUGGUCUGAACUAGUUGAGAGAAUAGUUUUGAACAGUUGUAACCGUGGCUGGUGUCUGUAGUUGAUGUUCAAGGAUUGAGAUCACAAAUGGUCCUUCAUGGGUAGAGUCAGGCAGCCCGGUGGCAUAGCACGGCUCAUGCUAGUCGUUUCUCAACAGCCGAAGCCCUCACCACUCGACACAGCUUAUUGAUUUCAAAUUGUCUGGUACUAUUUGAACAAACAUUUAGAAUAAAACCUUUUUUUUUCAGUUGGAAGUGUAUCUGUGUUAAUCACACACAAUCUGCAAGCAGAUCACUCUGUCUUCAUCCUGCUGUAUGAUCUGGGGUUGGGGGAAGGACCCUCUGGAAAAUAUUUUAUUUAUUCGGAACCUAUUGCACAAAAUUGGCGUAGAGAAAUACUUGAUUGCAUUUGCGCUCUUAAAAUUGGGCAGCAGUAAUUAGAGGAAGUGGGGUGGUUGCAGUAGGGCUUUACCAGACCUGCGCCUGCACGGCUAGGCUCGGCUCUUUCUACCACUUCUUUCUAUAUAUAUACAUGAUCGUUAUGGGGGGGGGGAGUUCAUUUUUCUGCAUUAAAUAAUAAAAAUUAAACUUUGGGAAAAAAACUCUGACAAUCAAAGAAAAAGCAUAAGAGAAACAGGAAGGAUUAAGCUAUGAAAAGCUAAAGUGCAGUAGUAUAAAAAGAAAUGAUUAUGUAGAAACAAACAUCAGGUUUUUUUUCCCCCUCUAGGAAGUGCUCGCAAAUUUUUCUUUUGUAGUGGUCAGCAAUUCAUUUCUAAAGAAAAUAAACAUUCUUCACAGUGUAAAAUUUCAUUAAUGGAACACAACACGCCUAAACACCUUGCUUACUCCCGUUUCUUUGUGCAAACCGGGCAAAAAGUCUACAGAAUUUAUAAUCGUUUUGUAAAUAUUAUUAGUGUGACUCUAGCUAGGGUCGAGCACUUACACCCACUUCUAUAGAAGGGGGCACUUGGAGAAAGGCCUUCUGACAAGGUUCAAUUAUUUUGUAUUUCAGCAAAGUCCACCCACGCAUCUCUAGUUGGUUUGGCAAAUAUGCAACUCCCACUAGCAGCCUGGUGACACUGGUGAAAUUCCCAUUGUGUGGAAAUAACCUCUACUCUCCUGGUGCAACAGCAAUCGUUUUCUAUUUGGAUGUUUGUGUUUCGCUCAGUAAUGAUGGCUCAAAAUAAUAUUUAGUUUCCUUGUUCCUUUGUGCUGUUUUAAAAAAUGGCAUGUUAGGCUGGGGGUGGGAGGGGAUAUCCUUUUGCAAAAUUCCACUCUAUCUGAGCAAGUUUAAAGUAUAUAUGUUGUAGAAGUGUAUCAACAGAAUAAAUGAUUUCAAUCGAAGGCAUAUUUUACCCACUCUCAAGGCUUAACAUUGUUUUCUCUGAAACUUGCAUUCCUAGGUAGAAUUUAUAAUUGUUAGAAAUGAUUUUUUUUUUAAGCUCUUACGGAAAUCAAAGAAAUGCCAGCUGCCUGGUAGGGAACCACAGCCACCUUUCUUAACUGGCUAAAUAUUAAAUAGAUGAAUUGUCAGGCUCUUUAGAUUCAGCCCGGUUUCUCUCAUCUCCUCUUCAUACCAUAAAUAAUAAUAAAAAUACAUAAUG